AUGGAGAAGGGCAGCCUCGGCGUGAGGUGCAGGGCCACCGGGCACAAGGCUCCUGAUGGGACUACCCUGGGACUAAAGACCAAAGGCCUGAGCCCUGGUGCGUGUGCUGGACAUUCGGAGGGCAGAAUGAAUGAGUGUUCGGGCAGCGGGGCCGAAGGUCCGACGGAACCCAGGCCGGAGGUGGCCACCCUCCAAGAAGACGUGGAGAUGAGCAGCGGCUCGAGCGGAAACGAAACGAAUGAGAAUGAUUUCAGCGGGCGAGAGUCUCCUGGCAAUGACUCCGAUGAAAACGGCAAAGACUCUGCCAUGCUGGUGGAAUCCUCAGAGAGCCACAAGAGUUCAAAUGCUUUUAGCCUGAUGAUGGUCAACUCUGAGCACAACCCAUCCACCAGUGGCUGCAGCAGCGAGCAGUCGGCCAAAGCCAAAACGCAAAAGGAACUGAUCAGGACCCUGAAGGAACUGAAGGGCCACCUGCCUCCUGACAGGAAGACCAAAGGCAAGCCCAGCAUGCUGGCCACCCUGAAGUACGCCCUUCGGAGCAUUAAGCAAAUCAAAGCAAAUGAAGAAUAUUAUCAGCUUCUGAUGACCAGCGAAAGCCCUUCGGCCAGUCUGGACGUGCCUUCUUUUACAGUGAAGGAAAUCGAGACGCUCACCUCCGAGUACAUCAUGAAAAACGUGGACAUGUUUGCGAUGGCCGUUUCUCUGGUGACUGGAAAAAUCGUGUACGUCUCCGACCAGGCGGCCUCCAUCCUCCCCUGUAACAAAGAGGCCUUUCACGACGCCAAGUUUGUGGAGUUCUUGGCCCCCCACGACGUGAGCGUGUUCCACAGCUCCACGGCCCCGUCCCGCCUCCCAGCCUGGAGCGUCUGCCGAAGAGUCGAUUCUUCCAGCCAGGAGUACAUGGAAGAGAAAUCCUUCUUCUGCCGCAUCAGCGGCGGCAAAGACCACGAACACGCCAUCCGCUACCAGCCGUUCCGCAUGACGCCCUACCUGGUCCGAGUACAGGAGAGACCCAGCGCUGAAAUCCAGCUCUGCUGCGUUCUGCUGGCCGAGAAGGUUCACUCCGGCUACGAAGCGCCCCGGAUCCCGCCGGACAAGAGGAUCUUCACCACCACGCACAGCCCGAACUGUUUGUUCCAAGACAUUGACGAGAGAGCUGUUCCUCUCCUGGGCUACCUGCCUCAGGACCUGAUCGGGACGCCCAUCCUGGUGCAUCUGCACCCGCGAGACCGACCCCUCAUGCUGGCCGUUCACAAAAAAAUCCUGCAGUACGGCGGGCAGCCCUUCGACUACUCCCCCAUCCGCUUCUGCACCCGCAACGGCGAGUACAUCACCAUGGACACCAGCUGGUCCAGCUUCAUCAAUCCUUGGAACAGAAAAGUCUCCUUCAUCAUCGGACGGCACAAAGUGAGGACGGGUCCUUUAAACGAGGAUGUCUUUGCUGCGCCCACGUGCCCAGAAGAGAAAACCCCCCAUCCCAGCAUCCAGGAGAUCACGGAGCAGAUCUACCGGCUGUUGCUGCAGCCCGUUCACAACAGCGGCUCCAGCGGCUACGGCAGCCUGGGCAGCAACGGCUCCCACGAGCACCUCAUGAGCCAGACGUCCUCGAGCGACAGCAACGGGCACCUCCCGGAGGACUCGAGGAAGAGGCGGCCGACCACCCGAAAAGGGACGUGUAAAGACCCUCAGAAGGUCCUAAGCAAAAGCACCGUUCUGGGCGAGAGAGACGAAGAAAUGAGGACGGCAGCCGCAGGAAGUCAGCCGAGAGAGAUGUCCGCCACGGAGAAGGAGCCCGUGGCCAGCGGCCCGCAGAAGUGCGUCCUGCCCGAGGAGCCGGCCUGCAAGGGCCAGUCUGGCUACUCCUACCAGCAGAUCAGCUGCCUGGACAGCGUCAUCAGGUACCUGGAGAGCUGCAGCGUGGCGGGGCCGCUGAAGAGGAAAUGUGGGGCUCUGCCCGCCGGCGCCCCCUCCGAGGGUUGGGCUUCCCGAGUGCACGUAGAGAUGCGGGACGUGAUUCAGGGAACUCCCCGAAGCCGGGCUGGGCCCCAGCCGGGCCCCUGCAGCUGCCCUCUGCCCCCCCCGGGCACCGCCUGCCCCGGCGGCCUCUCCAGGGCUCCCUUGCAGGCUCCCCCCUCCAUCCCUUCGGCGGCUCCUCUUGAGGUGACGUCCGUGGCGAAGGUCCCCCUGACUGCCGACGACCUGAAGACAGUCCAGGCGAGCGGGCCCCGCGGGGCCCCUGUCAUGGGGCCUCACUUGACCUCGUUGGCGCUGCCGGCCAAGGCGGACAGCGUGGUCUCCCUCACCAGCCAGUGCAGCUACAGCAGCACCCUGGUGCACGUCGGGGACAAAAAGCUGCAGCCCGAGUCCGAGAUGAUAGAAGAGUCCCUGGACAGCGGCGCCGCCCCUUCCUCGCACUGCGACUCGAGCCCGGAGUCGGGGCCCCCCAAGAGAGUGGGGCUGACCAAGGAGGUGCUGGCGGCCCACACGCAGAAGGAGGAGCAGAGCUUCCUGCACAGGUUCAAGGAAACCCGAAGACUCGGUGCCUUCCAGUCUCGCUGCCAUCACUACCUGCACGAGAGAUCCAGGGGCCGCCCUGGAGAGCGCGUUGUUCGUGGCCUGAGAAGCAGCCUUUCGGGAGUGGAUUCAGCUUGGAAGAAGCCCGGCAAGAACCGAAAGCAGAAGUCCAAGCGAAUGAAGGCCCAGGAGUCCUCGGACAGCACCGCGUCCGGCGCCAACGUCCCGCCCCGCUCCCCGCUGCUCGGCCUGAAUUCCACCGCCUGGUCGCCCUCGGACACCUCCCAGGCCAGCUGCCCUCCGGCCCCGCUGGCCGCCCUCGUGCCCACCUACUCGGUGCCGGUGUUCCCGUCCCCAGGAAUCGCCCCUCCGGCCCCCCAGGCUCAUCUGAACCACGUGGGGGGCUCGCAGCACUACGUGGCGCUGCCGCCGCCGGCCUUCUCAGCGCCCCUGGCCCCCGUCAUGGCGGUCGUGCUGCCCGCUUACCCCUUCCCUCCGGCGAACCCCGGCGGGCAGCCCCCCUUCUACGCCGGCCCGAGCGGCUGCCCCCAGCACCCCGCGUGCCCCCCGCCGCUGGCAUUCGCGGCGCAGCCCGAGGCCCCGGCUCUGGCCGCCUUCUCGGCGCAGACGCUGUGCCCGGCGCGGCAGGGGAGGGUACUGGACCUCAUGAAUGCUUCUCAGAUGGAAAACUUGACGGUUUGGCCAGGGCCUCCCAGACAGCUGCUGGCUCGCCUGGGCUGUUCCUCCUUCUACAGGAUGUACUCAUUCUGCCCACACCCUGCCAGUGCCUACAGCCUCUACCCAGGAGAGUGA